GUCAAUCAAACUAAGUCACAAAGGUGUUGUUCAGCCGCCUUUGACAGGUAUGAUGACAACAAGGGGUCCACGGCGACCGACAACGGUCGUUAGUGUAUUUUGUUUCAAUGGUAGUUUUUAGGGUUAUACGUAAUGAAAUGCCGUUUAGAUUUGAACGCAACAUUACCCAGCUACACCGGACUGCAAAGGACUGAAUCCCGUGGAUGUAGCCUAGCAGUCUGCUAGCAAACCACUGAGAAAGGUAGCCAUUGUUUCACUUGUUGGCUAACAUGGCAACGAAAGCUAACGUUAGCAGCGAUGGCUAGACGGGCGUCACUACCGUGUUAUUGCAGAAGAUAACGUUGUUGUCAUCCGUCAUGUGUGACGGUUGUGAGGCUAGUGAGCAGUGCCUGUCCCUCUCUCCCUCAUCCUGGGCCAGCCCUCUCAUUUAACCAUACCCCCGAAGUCUCUCUCCCAACUUGCCAAGAUGACCGACAGGAAGGAGCCACCUUUCUUUAAUGACGACAGUGUGGGAGCUUUUCACUAUAAGCUCCCUUUCUAUGACACUAUGGAGCUCUUCAUAGAGACCCUGACAGGAACCUGUUUUGAGCUGCAUGUGUUGCCUUUUGAGGCUGUCAUUUCAGUCAAGGCAAAGAUCCAGAGGCUGGAAGGUAUCCCUGUUGCCCAGCAACACCUUAUCUGGAAUAAUCUGGAGCUGGACGAUGAACAUUGUCUACACGACUACGGCAUUGCAGAGGGCUGCACUUUGAAACUGGUCUUAGCUAUGAGGGGAGGCCCAAUUAAUACCAGGAGAGUAACUAUGGAGGAUCCCAUCAAAGAGGUGACGGAGCUGAUGGAGAACACAAAGGAGGAGGGUUGGGAGAAAAGCCUGGCCAGCAAGCAGGUUACGUUUGUGGUCUAUCGUGAAAACGACCAGCUAAACUUCUUCCGAGUGGUCGAUAGGGGUGAUGGCACCCUGACUCCUGUGUCUGAAUCUCUGAGUGGUGGCUCGGUGUACAAUAUGUGUGCAGAGGAGGAGGAGGAUGGAGAGAGUUCUGCAGCUGUACUGCAAAGCCUUGAGAACUCCAUCACUAUGAACAAAAUGAAGCUACUCAAAGCCAAGAUGGAGGACAUGAACCUCAACAAGAAGCCCAAGAAGUUGGCAAAGAUUAAACCACGGCCCCCUGUCAGCCCACAUCCCUGCGGUGGCUCUCAUGGACUUUCCAGCUCACGAAACCAUCAUCGCCUCUUUCGUUCGCACCCCCAGAUGAACCAGCCUUGGCAGUCAAAUGCGCAACUACCUCCUAUCGCAGAUAAUGAAUCCAUAGACUCCUUCCCGCCCUCUGCUGCUGCCCACUUUUCUAUCCCUAGACGGCCACCUCCCCCUUUCUCCUCGCCUUCUUGUUAUAUGCUUCAGGAGGAGGAGACAUGGGAGACAUGCCCACAAUUUGCAAAGAUCCGCCCCCCUCCAAAAGUGUCCCGGUUGGACAUUGGGAGCACCAGAUUAAUGAGGGACUGUGUGUACCCUCAGCUCCCUCCGCUGUGUAUCAGGGGGCCACCUGAAGCCACCUUUGACUCAGCUGAGCCUGCAGGGGAGGCAGUCAGGCUAAGCCUGUUAGAGGAAGCUGCCGGGCUGGUGUUGCCAGCACAACCUGGAGCUCCCUUUGGGGAACUGUUUGACCCUCUGAGUCUGGAUGUGUCCACCCAGCCUGAGGGAGGUCGUCGGUCCCUCGAGGUUGACGCACAGCACCAGUUUCCGCUCUCCCCCUCCCCACUCAGUACCUGGACACUUGGGACAAGUGAUACGUUCACCAGCAGGAGUGAUAGAACGCAGCUCGGUACACCAUUUCAUAUCAGCCCCCCCUCUCCAUUGCCCGUGUACACCUCGCCAUCCAUUUCUACCAGACCGCUGCCCCAGGCUUUUGAUUCCACUUUCUCCUGUUUACAUCCCAACCUUCAAGCACAAUCCUCAGCACAAGUGAAGCCAGGCUGCACCUCCCCUCACCCCUCCACCACCUUGUCAACUCAUCCACCACGCCUUCGUGGUGUUAAAGUGGAGUCACCUGGCAAGAGGCCAGAGCUUAUCUCCAAGAGGGAAGCAAGAGGCAUCACUAAGAUGGCCAACCAAGCCUGUAAGGAGCCACUGGGGUCCCUGAACAACUCUGAACUCUUGGCUUCUCUCUCCACAAGGGCUCCAGACUGCAGCAAUAGCAGGGGCGGCCUUGAAGAGCGUCUGGGACUGGCACUGGCCUUGCCCCCUGCCACUGCCUUAGGACCAGGCAGCCUUGGCUCCAGGCUGCCACCCAUACCAACUAACAGGCUCCUUCAGGAUGAUCUUAUCAGACAAAUGUCACCGUUGCACCGAGCAGCAGCCUCUUACAUGGCCACCAACACUCUUGCAUCAGCUGGGGGAGUCAUGACUUCAUUUGGGAGAAUAGGCACUCCAACAUACCACCUACCUCCAGUCAAGGCUCCCACAGGCAGCAAGAAGAAGAGCUCAAAGCAUUGCUUCCUCUGUGGCAGGAAGACUGGCCUGGCCACCAGCUAUGAGUGCAGGUGUGGUCACAACUUCUGUGCUACCCACCGCUACGCAGAGACGCACGACUGCACUUACGACUACAAGAGUGCCGGACGCAGAUUUCUGCAAGAGACCAACCCUCUCAUCAGUGCUCCCAAGCUGCCGAAGAUCUAGACCCUACAACACUCUCAUGGGGGGGAAAGACCUGUACAACUACAGGUUAAAGUGACUGAGUGGAAGAGAUUCUGCAAAGUCAUUUCUAGCAACAACAAAAAAAGAAGUAAAAAGGAACUUAUUCACCACUGUGUGCUUUUUUUAUCAGCCAAGUUUGCUUCAAAUUCAAAUAAAAAUAUUCUGUAAAGCCAAGUGUGAACAAACAAGAGUAGACUGAAAUGGCUAAGAACUAAUUAUCACUUCUUGACAAUGUGAAGAUGUUUAUCCUUUUUAUCUGUUUCCUUGUUCUUUUUCCAUUGCGUAAAAACAAAACAACAAAAAAACUGUGCUUGUAUGUAGGUAGUUUCUGCUAAAUAUAUCUGCUGCACGUUCAGACAUAUCUACUUUUAGUUUUGUCAAACCUUUUUAAUUAAGAGAAAAAAAACGAUAGGACCGCUGAUGACUUUUCAUUCGACAAGUCUUUGACAGAUGCACUUUAGUACUAUCAUAUUUAUACAUUUUACUUUCCUUAUUGUGGGGGGGAAGGACACUUAAAUUUCCGUGUUUGUCUUAUGAAGUGUUUGUUGUCAGAUUUUUAUAUUCUUCACCUCUAAAUGUCUUUCUUACACGGGCACAUACAUACCGACAUCACUAAUGAAAUCUUUUUUUUAAAAGAACAGUACACCCACUUACUGAUGAAAUACUCAAUAUUUAUUAAUAAAUAGUACUUAUUUAAAUUCAAGGUUGGUUUUUGAAAUAGCAAGUAUGCAAUGUGUGUAGGUGUGAAUGUCAGUUGUAAUUUGUAAUCCUAUCAAGUAAACUAUUAGGAUGGGGGAGGGGGGGUGGGGAUGCUUAUGGUAUUUAUGAUGUGUCUACAUGUAAGGUGUUUGCCAUAAAAAAUCUUUUGUAAGUCUUUUUUAUUGCUGAGCUGUUGCAAAAACUUUAAAUGCUGUUAUAGUAUCUACGGGGGUUUGAUCUAAUAAAGUUUCUUUCCAUACAUACGGUA